UGAUGAUGAAGUGUCAGAGAACAGAAAACUCAGUUUAGGUGGAGCCGGACUGUUGCUAUCAACCAAAGUAGAACGGAUUGAAAGAUGCGCACUUACUGUAUACUAAUACACAUUUUUGCUACUCUUCUCUUGUGUGAUUAUGGGAUGCUCUCCACGCCAUCACCGUCUCCUUCGGAGAUGUCCACCACUGCGAUAUCAGACACAUCAGGCCCUAACACUACUGAGACGACACAAGAAUUAACAAGACAUGUGAAUGACUCAAGCUUGUUAGAGUCUGGUUUAAGGAAUGAUUCAUUUAACCCUCAUACAACUGAGAGCAGUGCAAACCAUACUGGCAUUAGCACUGAAAGCAACACUGGAGUGAUCUCUACGACUACACGUAUACAACCAAAGGAAGAUCCUAAACAAGAAGAUUCAUCAUCAAAUAUAGGAGCUAUCAUCAUUUUGAUCAUCAUCCUGAUCCUGAUUGCUCUUCUGCUUGGCAUUUUGUAUUGUCUGAGAAAGAAAGGACGGAGUUACUCAUUUGAUCUGACUCGUGCCGACAUAGUUGCUAAUGAUUAUGCUGACACCCCGCUCAGGAGCGACCAACAAGGCAUAAGCUAUGAACAAACUAACAAAGAUCGGCCUGUGUGUUUGGACUAUGUACAAGAGGACAAGUCAGAGGAGAAGACUAAUCCGAUAGCAAAUGGGUCUACAGGAGAGAAAACUGAACAAACACCCACCAGUGAAAAUGAUGAGCAGAAUGUUCCAGAAGAGAACAGUUUCUCUUCAAACUCGAGCUUGGCUACACCUGGCUACAUGAAGAAAGUGGAUUUUAACCUAGACCUGGAUCUGCUUGGAGGUGAAUCUGACUUAAACGAUUCGAUCGACGAUGAAGCCACCGAUACGGCGCAAAAUGAAAACAACAAUAAUGUCAGUAACGCUGUGCGAGGAACAGCAGAAGAGAUCUUCACUGAAAUCAGUCUAGAUGAGCCAAAGUAACAUGCAUAGUGUGUGUUUCCAAUGCAACAGUCAAGAUCUCGGGUGUUUGGUACCUAGAUUCAAACUAUAUCUGUUCAAGAUGCCUUGAUACGGACUAUAUAAGCGCAAAAGCAUCCUUUUGCCAUUCUCACUUCAGGUUCUGUUUCAUCUACCUUUAAAGUUGAUUGUAUACUGUACAUAAAAAAAAGAACAUUGAAUCAUUAGUUGAAGUUUAUGUAAAAAUUGUUAGUAUACAAAUGCUGUAUAAAAUAAUUUGUGGCUAUAAUAAACAUUCACUGUAGAAUGCACUGUAAUGCAAUGCAUGUGUGUGUGUGUGUGUGUUUGACUGAUGCCUGAAGCUUCUUUAUUAACAGGCAUUUGAGAGUUUCAUUAUAUCCCUUUAAACAUUUGUUCAACUGAAGGUGAUGGGCACAAUGGGGAAAGACACAGAGAAAGAGCUUAAAUACUCCUGGUCUCCACCAGAAGAUGUAUCUUCACUGGCCAAGUAGUGCUUCAUUUGCUGUAUACAGUAUAUCCACCAUGCUUUGCUUCUGUUUGCCACAUACUGGAAGUCUGCCUUGCAGGUCAAUAAAUCU